CUGACUUAACGGCCUAACUAACAACUAACGGCCUGCUUUGCCUGCCUGUUUGCCUGCUGCCAGUUUUGCGGCUGUCUGUGUUGGUCCAUACGCAGAUGGAAAAGUCAAUUUUUCAUCACGGCGCAGCGCGAAGGGUGUUUUUACUUGAAAAUCGAAAAUCCAUUCACGUUAAAAUCUAUUGAACCGCGAUUUAUAUACUCAAAGCAGACGUAAUUUAAAGAUUAUGGACAAAACCGUUAAGCGCAGCGCAUAAAAAUCAAUAACGAAAUUUACCAAAAUCUAUAUACAAAAGAAAAAGAUUCUGCGUUUACUGUGUGUGCGUGCGUGCGUGUGUGGUUUUUUUUCUGGUGUGUGUCGAUUUUGUAAUUCGGAAACGCGAUGCGAACGCGAGCAUGAAUUUCGUUUUACGCCUUUGGCUGCAGUCGAAAUCGACGAUUGGCAGCACGCGCUGACGCCGACGUCAACGCCAACGCUGACAACGACAUCCACAAACCAAUCGUAUACAUGUCAGGACAGGCAGCAACGCCGGCAGUGAAAGCGACAGCGGCCGAGGCAGCCCAGUAAACGGUGUGUAAGAAGUGGCAAAGUGGAGUUGGCUGUGCGCGCGCGCUUGUGUGCGUGUGUGUAUGUGCGCGCAAAUCUGUGUGUGAGAAAAUUUUAUCGGAAUUCGGAGCGUAGAAAAAUCUAUUGACGGAGCGCGUGGUGUUUGUUCCCCAGUCAAGCGAGUGCGAGCAGAUUUUCGAAAAAAAUUCAAUGGAACGUAUUGCAGUAAACAAGAUAACAAUAAACUAAAAACACUUUAAAGUACAGCAACAAAAAUAACACAACAAAACAAUGACAUUAAACGAGCAGUGUAUAGAAGAGAGCAAACAGAAAAACAUUAUUAAUAUAUGCCUCAAAAAAUAUCUUCGAAAAAACUAAUAAUCAUAAUAACAACAAACACAUCGUCUUCCCAGUGAAUUAAAUGCACAAAUAAUUAAAUCGAAACACAUAAUAAAUUUAAACUUAAAUUAAAUCAACAACAAAUUUAGAAGCAAUAAAACAAUUAUCAACAAUCGAGAACUGAGUGCGGAGAAGUUAAGCUUUUGGAAUACUCUGCAAAUCAACGCACACAAAUUGAGAAGCAAUAAUCGGCGGCAGAGUAGGUUUCCGAACAAAUAUUAUAAAUGCAUAAAAUUGUUGAGAACGCGACGAGAAACUUACACCGCAUUGUGUUUGAGUAAAGCUUGAGUUUUAAUGCGGACAGUGGUGACGGUGGCAGUGUGGCAGCGCGGCGAUACCGGAUGGCAGAUAACACAGACCCUCGAUAUCGUGGGCGGCUCUGUUGAGGCAUGUCGUAAUGGCCAGAGAGGAGUCUCGUGGCAAGAGACCCCUUAAAAUUUGGGAUAGUUGGCGAAAUGUGCGCAAAGGCGUAGUUGUUGGAACAUUCGAGGAACUAUUAGUCAGAGGAAAAGAUAAAUUAGGGGUUCCUGCCUCAGAACCGGUGCGUCUUGUUCUGGAGUGCGAUGGAACCCAAAUUGAGGAUGGCGAAUAUUUUCGUACAUUGACGAACAACACGGUGCUACUAUUGUUAAGGCAGGGCGAACGCUGGUAUCCAACUGGUGUUGAUGUUAUAAAAGCUGCGAUAUCAGCUAUACCGAAGAUCGUCUGUGAGACGAUUCAUGCGCUCGACUUACACGAUGAGACGCCAUCUUGGAAGAUUAUGGAUAAUAAGGGUCGUGUCACGGUGGUCCUGCAUUGGGACCAGCGUCAGGGAGGUGGAGGCAGUGGAGGAGGAGGCGGCGGCGGCGGCGGUGGAGGUGGAGGCGGUGUCGGCGGCGUUGGUGGCAUGGGACCGAGCGGUAGUGGUGUCAGCGGCAGUAACGGACUCAUGUCAUCGGACAAAUAUUCACCAUCGAAGAAAGGUUUAUCGGCGCAAAGUUCGCUCGAUACCAAAUCGGUGUCGUCACAAUCGUCACAGCAACGCUAUGCCAGCCCACAAAUAACCGUCAUCAGCGAUGAGGGACCGGCUAGCAUAUACCAUCCGGGCGGUGUGGUGCUGCCACCCGGCGUUGUAAUACCCGGCACCAGUAGACGCCUAUCUAAACAGGGCAGUUCAUUUGAUAGCGCCGUGGGGGCGGUGCAUGUGCAUACACCGGAAUGUGCGCAUCAUGCGCAUACGCCCAGUCGGGCGGGCAGUCCCAGCACCACGGAAUGCGAUUUUCAUUGUUGUGCGCUGCACGAGGAGGGACGCAAAAUUGCGGUGCAUAAAAGUGUGGCCACAUCGCCCAUACAGGACGGCACCACAAGUCCCCAGCCGCAGCAACAACAAGCGACGCUAUCUAUGUCAUCGGUUGUGGAUCCUAUGAUGGGCGGCAGCAUGCAACGACGCUCAUCGGGCGUCAAAGGCCAUGUACGCUUUCUGGAUAUAGCGCCGGAGCGUGAUAGCUCCGAGAGCGAAACAGAAAACACCGUCAUGGAGGAUGAUAAGACGACGACUGAGAAAUUCCUGCUGCUCAUCGAUCAGCUGUCUGUCGAUCAGAAACGACAUCUCAGCAUCAAAGAUAUCGGCAUCAUAUUGGAGCGACUCAACUCGAAAAUACUCGACGUGGAGCGGCUGGAUCGCGAAUCGGAAUCGGACGAUUGCUAUAAUUGGACGAUAAAGGCGACAAUACGUGGUGAUGCGCUGCGCGAGCUGGGCGUCAUCUACAAUGGUAACUAUUACGCCAUAUCCGAACAUCCCGGCUACAAGGAGGAGGUCGAAGAGAAUGGCGAAGAAGUCGAGGAGGAGGAUGAAGAGGAUAGAAUAUAGAAAUGCAAUUAAUUAAAUUUAAAGAAACAACAAAAACCAAAUGAGCAGUUUAAGCAUUAAAACGGAACUCACUCACACACACACACACACAAACGCAUUUACAAGCAAAAAAAGUAUAAGAAAUAGACUAAAGAAUCAGCUAACAAAAGGAAAUGUGUAAUAACAAGGAAUGUGUGAGUGGAAAUACUGAUUAAAAGACAUAAAAAGGUUGAAGGAAAUUCAAAAAAAAAAAGAAAGUAGAAAAAUAAAGUGAAUAAAUAAGCUAGAGCAUACGUUUAAGUAAAGUAUAGUGAAACAAUUUUAGUAAAUUGUAGUAAAUUAAUUAAGAAGAAGAAGAAGCAGGUGAAGAAUAAGUAAUAAACAAUAGUAGUUAAAGGGACAAUGCGACAUGGCGAAAGCAGGCAGGUGACAGAAAAUGAAAACACAUGCACACACACAUACAAGAAAACAUCAAACACACAUGCAUGCAGACAGACAUGACACACACACACACACAUGCAACGUGUGAGCAUAAUUGUAUGCAUUAAUAAUGAGAACAUAAAAAUACCAGAAUGCAAUUCAAUAGCGUUUAAGUAAUAGUUAAAGCCAAAAGUAAAAGAAGUAAGCAACAAUUAAAUCAAACCAAGAAAAAGUUAAAUAAAUUAAACAAAAUUGAGCAAAACCCCGACUUGGCGCUAAACCUAACCCAAAGAGAAACUAAAGAAUAAUUUCACACAUUUGUAGGUUAAUAGAGCUGUUGAUAGCGCGUAGUAGGCAGCAAAUACACAGUGCGACAUUUGCAUAGCCAACCCAAGUAUGUACCGGAAAGCGCCAAACACGCAUUACACACAUUAACGCAGAAAUAAAAAACAACAAUAACAAAUAAAUAAAAAAAAAAAAAAUUAUAAUAAAUUACAAAAAAGUUAAAAAAAAGUUAAAAAUUGCAAGAAAUCGCAGAAAAAUUACUCAAUCAAUCGUUUUUACAUACACGCACAUAAACACACACACUCACAUACAUGUAGACUACAGCAUGCAGAACUAUUUAUGAAAAUAAACAUUUUUUUAUUAGCCGUUAAACCUUAGAAACACAGUUCAUAUUAUAUAAAAUAUUUAUAUAAGUAAUUUAUAUAAAAGCAGCAACUCAUUUACCUUCUAUGUGAACCAAUGGAAUUAUUUAAAUCAAAAAUACAACAGUUACGUUGCUCUCACACAAAUCUCAAUGCAAACAAAUGUGAUCUUAUUCAAUCUAAUAACUCAUUUAGGUAUUUAUGUAUAUUUAUAUAUGCAACGGUGCAUAUGUGGCACAUAUAAAAUAACGGUUUAUAUGUUUAAAUUGUUUGAAUUGAAUAUUUAUGUAUAAAUACUACAUAAUUAAUUUCAAAAUACAGUGAUGGGCAUUGAAAUAGAACAAACAUAUGUAUAUAAAUAAAAAAUGU